GUUCCGCAUAUUGGGUUAUAGCGUAUGUUAAUAAAAUAUGGAGGCUGCAUUGAAUAAUUGACGGCAGAGCCAGCAAGUAUUGCCAACGCUCGUGUGGCUUCGCAUAGCGCCCACGCCAUGCCAUCGCGUCUUACAUGCCGCUAUAGCAGUUCUUGUAAACACCUAGGAAGGUGCCCUCGGAAGUCGCGGCACGGCACUCUAAACCACCGAUGCAGCCCAUCCGCCGCUCUUCCUCCCAGCCCAACUCCCACUGAAUCGCAGCCACUAGCCAGCGGCGUUACCCGCAACCUUCCCCAACCAGCCUCGCCCGCGACUGCUACCGCUGCUGCCACAAACGGCACCCCGCCCACCUCAGGAGGGGCCCAGCAAGCAUCGCAACCCGCUGCCACUCCCUCCCCUACCGGCUAUAUCGCCCUGUCUCUGGUUCCCGUGCUUUGGGGAACCUACAAUCCAUGCAUUCGGUACCUCUAUGCAGAACCAGAUCCGCUGGAUCCAGCCUCGUUAACUGCCGUACGUACGGCGCUGUCAGCAGGCGCACUGUUGCUUCCUGCGCUGCUAGGCUACGUCUACAGGAAAGUGAAGGAAGCGUGGCUUCACAACAACAGCGGCAGUGAGGCAAUAAUCGACAGCAGCAGCAGUAGCAGUAGUACUAGCAGCGGCGCCGGUAGCAAUGAUAGCAGUGGCCAGCACAUGAGGUCUGAUGCAACAGCUGCUUUCACACAAACAGCUAGUGCUACCGGCAGCCUAGAGCUGCAGCAGAAACAGCAGCAACAGCUGCCUCCGCAUCAGCAUCAACCUAGCCGCCACCACCAAGAGCGGCUUGGUUUGACACUGGCGGCCGCGGCAGAUGGUGCCGCAGACGGAGUGGCUGCCGCUGCUGCUGCUGCUGCCGCUGAAGAAGAUGACGAGGACGGCUAUCCAGGCUGUGUCCAGAACAACGGUUCCGGAGGCGAUUCACGACACGCAUUGCUUUUACUGCAGAACGAAACAGCAGCAGCUACGGCCCCGCAUGCCUUGCUGCAGUACGGCAGCAGCGCCACCACCACCACCACCAGCAACACUCCGAGCAGUAGUGGUGACAGCGUUAUCGCCAGCAGCAGCAACAGCGGUGGCGGGUUAUUCAGCGAGCCGCUCAGUGGCGUGCGGCUGGGCCCGUUGCUGACCCGCACCUUCCGCAGUGUGGUGCUGGGCGGGUUGGAGCUGGGCGUGCUGAACUUCGUGGGUACGGCACUGCAGGUGGAGGGGCUGCACAGCACCAGCGCCACCCGGGCUGGCUUCCUGGCGGAGGUGACGGCGGUGCUGACACCGCUCGUGUCGUACGCCGCUGGGUACGACAUUCCACGACAGAUGUGGCUGGCAGUGGCGGUUGGGCUGGUGGGCAGUACCAUGGUGGCGUACGACACCUCUCAGGCGCAUGAAACCAGAACGGCCGAGUCAGCUGAUGCAACCACCUCUACAGCCGGCACCCCUCAAGCCGGGCCCCUCAAUGCCGCUGCACCCUCGUCACCUGCGAGCCCGGCGCUCGCAGCCUCCACCGCAGCAGCCACGGAGGCCGCAGCAACCACGGCGGUAGCGAUCCCCUCCGCCCUCGCACCACCCGGCGACGAUGCAUACGCCGCGCUUGCUGCUACAAUUGCUACAACUGUCGUACCGGAAGCGACCAGCGAUACUGUUGCUGAGCCAGCCGCUGCUUUACUGAGAUCCUCUUUACCACAAUUGCAAGACAGCAGCCUCUCCUUGGGCAGUAUUGACUUGACGCAGGCAGCUACCCAGAUGUCCGGUGACAUAGCAACAACAGCAGGAGCAGCAGCAGCGGCUGCAAAUGCCUCGACAACGGACGGCUUGUUCUCUGCUGCUGUCCAAUCAGGGACAGUCGACGCCGCGCUUUCCGCAGCCCAUACCAUGGCCUCCGCAGCCCUGGAGUCAACCGUCGCCUCGGUCGCCGCUUCCAAUGCAGCUCUUGAAGCUGCUGGCGGCAUCGCCGGAGAUGCUGUCGCCGCCGCCGCUGCCGCCACCGUGACAGCCACGGCAGCCGGUGCGGCAGCAGCAGCAGUGGCGGCUGUUGCUGCUACAGCCACCACUGUGUCAGCGGCGUCCUCUGCAGCUACAGAGGCCACCACCGCCGCUGCCGCUGCUGCCGCCGCCGCGGCCGCAGUUGCUGCGCCCUCCGCCGGCGCGGCUAGUCAGCUGGCUAUCACCGGCGGGGAGGCGUACCUGUUGCUGGCGUGCCUCUUCUACUCGCUGUGCACAGUGCGCAUGGGCCAGUACGCGCCCCGCCACGACACCGUGGCCCUGGCCGCCAUGAAGAAGGUGGGGCUCAGCUCCUGCAGCCUGAUGUGGAUGGCGGCCAACAACCUGCAGAGCGGCGCGGCGCUGGACUCUGUGUUUUCCUUCCCCGACCUGAGCAGCCGUACGCCCCUCAGCAUUGCCGUGCUGCUGUACAGCGGCCUGGGUCCCGGGGCGAGCGCCACCCUGCUGCAGGUCACCGGCCUGUCCACCGUGCCUGCCACCACUGCCCAGGUCAUCUACUCCAUGACUCCGCUGCUCACCGCGUUCUUCGCCUUCCUGAUCCUGGGCGGGGAGGCGACGGGCCCGGUGGCCUGGGCGGGCGGCUGCCUCAUCAUCGCAGCGGCGCUGGUGGCGGCGGAUGCGCAACACAAGCAG